AUGUCGACAUUCUUGCGCCUCGGCACGUGCGUGACGGGCUACGAGCAUUUGGCGCUGCCCGGUGGCGCCACGUGCGACUGUCUCGAUCGGUUUGGAAUAUUUUGGGCGGUCGGCUUUGUCGGGUUUUUCGUCACGUACCGCAGUGCGCUUUUGUACAAAAUGCACAUUGAGCCCCUCGGCGAGACCAUGGACUUUCGGUUCCAGCCUGGAUUCCAGCUGUUGAUGGUCAUGGCGCGCACAUUGUACCCGAUGAUCACGAUUUUUGUCAACAACCAAGACACGACGCGCGCCGGCGGCAUCGGGCUCACGACGUUCUUGCUCGCGGUCUCGACGUUUCUUUUGCUCUACUCGCACAAGACCCAGCCGUGCAUUGGCAGCGGCCGCAUUCCCAACAACCUGCGCGUACUGACCUUUUCAAGCGCGAUCUACACGGCCUUUUGCGUGCUCGUCGUGCUGGCUCUGGAAGCGCCGAUCCAGAGUUUGUACUAUGCCCUCUUGCCGCUCCCGAUGGUGUGGGUGGGCGCAUGGAAGGUCAACGACCGGCGUGCGCUCCUAUAUCACAUUCCUGGUGUCCGCAUCCCCGACUUGCUGCGGCAUCCGUCGCCUGACGUGAGCUUGGUCGGCGCCAUCGCUGCGCUCCACCUCAAUCCCAACAACGUCCAUGAGCGAGAUCUCGGACCGAUCUUGGAGCAGCUCGACGGCCUCGCGGCGUCGGUGACAGCAACACCGCUCUGCCGCGCCUACGCGCUCCGGACGCUUUGGUUCAGCCACAUUGAGAACUUUAUUAAGGCCGACGUGCUCACGAUUGGCGAUGACGCGCCAAUUGGCCAUGACCUUUGGCUCAAGGACCGCGCCAACAUUGAGCGGCGAGGCUCCCGCCAUGACCAGAUCGAGGACGCGGCGUCGUAG